GGUCAUUAUGAAUAGCAUUAUAAGGCGCAGUUACUUUGCACAACAAUGUUCAAUUGUUUACAUACAGCUCGUCAGAAUGAGCCUACUCAGCAAAUCCGUUUCGUUGUAAGCGCUGUGCAAAGUCACAUAGUGAUAGCGAUACAAGCGAAAGCAGCUGGCAAGAAAAGGUGCAGUGAUGGUGGAGGAUGGGACGGUCAUGAGGGGACGGGUAACGGUGUACUCCGUGCCAGGCUGUCCACACUGCAUACAGGCCAAAGCUACUCUGAGUAUGCUAGGUGUGCCUGUGUGUGAUGUGAAUGUGAACAAGCACAGAGAAUUAAGAGCACGAUUGAAGAAGCUCACAGGUCUCAGUGUCGUACCACAGAUAUUCUUCAAUAACCUGUAUGUGGGAAACAACGAGGACCUCCAGAACCUGGAUCCUGAGCGGCUGGAACGUCUCGUCCUGUCAGUAAGAGAGGAACCCGUGCCGCUGGAUGCUCCGCCUGUACCUGGGGAAAAUAGCCUUGACUCUGAUGGUGAGGUUUAUGGAGCAGCCUGUGAGCUCUCGGAGGCACUGAGGAAUCUGAUCCUGAAACUCUACUCUGAUCAUCUCUCUGAAGAUGGCAAGACAGUUGAUUACAAGGCCAUGUCCCGGAGUCUGUGCUUUGAGCGGUACUGUGAUCUAGCUGUCCACCUUCAGCGUGUGGAGCUGCUGUCUCUGAGUCGUGAAGAGAAACUGGCUUUCUUUAUCAACAUCUACAACGCCCUCGUCAUCCACGGGAACCUGCGUCUGGGCUUUCCCAAAAACAUAUGGCAAAGGUAUCGGUUCUUCAACUAUGUGAGCUACUUCAUUGGUGGUGAGGUGUUCACACUGCAGGAUAUUGAAAAUGGAGUGCUUAGAGGCAAUCGAAAAGGUGUGGCACAACUCAUGAAGCCCUUUUCCAGGAACGACCCUCGACUGCAGGUAUUCCAGGACGAGGAUGCGAACUUUGUUCCCACUCCGGACUUGCCCAAAGCAGCCUGUGAGCUCUCGGAGGCACUGAGGAAUCUGAUCCUGAAACUCUACUCUGAUCAUCUCUCUGAAGAUGGCAAGACAGUUGAUUACAAGGCCAUGUCCCGGAGUCUGUGCUUUGAGCGGUACUGUGAUCUAGCUGUCCACCUUCAGCGUGUGGAGCUGCUGUCUCUGAGUCGUGAAGAGAAACUGGCUUUCUUUAUCAACAUCUACAACGCCCUCGUCAUCCACGGGAACCUGCGUCUGGGCUUUCCCAAAAACAUAUGGCAAAGGUAUCGGUUCUUCAACUAUGUGAGCUACUUCAUUGGUGGUGAGGUGUUCACACUGCAGGAUAUUGAAAAUGGAGUGCUUAGAGGAAAUCGCAAAGGUGUGGCACACCUCCUGAAGCCCUUUUCCAGGAACGACCCUCGACUGCAGGUGGCACUUCCUGAUGUUGAGCCUCAUUCAUUUGCACUGAACUGUGGUGCAAAGGGCUGCCCUCCAAUUAAGACAUACACGCCACAGAUUCCAGAAGUGAAACUCAGCCAGAUCUUCAAGUGGUACAAGGCAGAUUUUGGAGGCACCGAUGAGAAGCUGCUGAACUGGGUGUUUGACCAUAUGGGAGCAUCACAGAAGAAGAGGAAUCUACAGGCUCUGCUGUCAGAAGGAAAGGUCAAAGUGAGCUAUUUGCCUAUAACUGGUCUAUAAACAGCACAGACUGAACUAAACCACAUUCUCAUGCACAUGAUCACUCUAUCACUCACUUAUUGUGGGUACUGUGUUUCUGCUGAACAUGUUAAGCCAAGACAAGCGAUUCAAAUCAAAACUGUACGCUGAAACUAUGCAUUUCGAUCCCUUUACCUUGUUCUUCCACCUCCCAAAGGGCAAUGUGAUACUGUAGCCUAAUAUUUCUAAUGAAAUUUUAUACCUAUAAUUUUCCAAAUUGUUUUGCAGUGUUUUGCACUGAUUAUUAUGCAGUUACAUGUUUUAAAUAUUCUCAUGCAAGGAUGUCUUUAAUUUAUCUGCAUUAUUAUAUGUAUUGUACUGUAUAUAUGUCGAUUUCUUUUUAACAUUUAUUUAAUAUAUUUCAGCAACACUAUGAAAAGCAACAAAAAAAAAACAUGGAGCGUAACGAAACAUACUUUGCACAGAUUUGACUAUCGUGCAAAUUUCUUGUAAUUUACACUUUUUCGAAAGACCUCAAGGAAAAAUUAUAUUUAAUUUAUACACACACACACACACAUAUAUAUAUA